AUGGAGCUACUGCGAGAUACAGCAUUCGGACACGUUGUCCGUUUUGUGACGAGAGGUAAACUCAGACAAUUCCAAUACUACGAAGAAAGAAACCCCGAAUUAUGGCGCGAUUACGUCGACGCGGAUAAGACUGCCAACGUCGCCCGUUACGGCCAAGUAGAGCCACCCGAGCAUGACUUCGAUAAGACCAAGAAUGAAGACGACGAUGUCUGGAGAAGAGGGCCCAGCGUCGACUCUGCGCGAACAAGAGUGCCUGGUGACGAGGAGUAUAACGAUUUGAGUGGCACAAGGAUAGACCCCGAGAAGGGCAAGAAUAUCCAUCUCGUCGCUUUCUUACCCAACGACCCGGAGAAUCCUCAAAACUGGUCUUUGAAGAAGAAGAUCUUUGUGACUUUCCAGAUUUGCCUGCUUACGGUUGGCGUCUAUGUUGGCUCGGCCAUCUACAGUGCUGGUGUGCUGGACGUGAUGCAGGUGUUCGGCGUUAGCCAGGUCGCUGCUCUACUUGGCCUCACGCUUUUCGUUGCAGGUUAUGGCCUGGGUCCGAUGAUCUGGAGCCCCUUGUCCGAGAUCCCACAGAUCGGUCGCAACCCAAUAUACAUCAGCACCCUCUUUCUCUUCGUAUUACUACAAAUUCCCACUGCAUUGGCAGUCAACUUUGGCAUGCUGCUAGCCUUCCGAUUUAUCACGGGAUUCGUCGGAUCGCCUGUCCUCGCAACAGGAGGCGCAACCUUGGCAGAUAUCUGGUCACCCAAGAAGAGAGCCUACGCCAUCGGAAUCUGGGGCGUGGCAGCAGUCUGCUCUCCAACUUUAGCUCCCGCAAUCGGAGGAUUCGCAGCCAUGGCAAAGGGUUGGACCUGGCCUAUCUGGGAGCUGAUGUGGCUGAGCGGGUUCGCAUUCGUUCUUCUCUUCUUCUGCCUCCCCGAGACGAGUGCCAACAACAUUCUGUACCGACGAGCAAAGCGGCUUCGGAAGCUCACGGGGAACCAGAAGCUCAUGAGCGAGUCUGAGUUGAUGGCAGAGGAGAUGACCCCGAGGAAUGUCAUGAUGAUCUCUUUGGUUCGGCCGUUUACUUUGAACUUCACGGAGCCCAUGGUGUUCCUGCUCAAUCUCUACAUCGCACUUAUAUAUGGUUUGCUCUACAUCUGGUUUGAGUCAUUCCCUAUCGUAUUCACCGGCAUCUACGGAUUCAGCCUUGGGCUCCAAGGAGUCGCAUUCAUGGGCAUUCUGGUUGGUGCCUUGAUCGUCAUUCCGCCGUUCUUUUGGUACUUGCACAAGUAUCUCGAACCACAAUUCGACCAAAACGGGGACAUUCAGCCCGAGAAACGUCUACCUCCUGCAUUCAUCGGCGGUUUCGCCAUCCCGAUCUGUCUCUUCUGGUUCGGUUGGUCAUCGAGACCGGAUGUUCACUGGAUCAUGCCAAUCAUCGGCUCCGCUUGGUUUAGCAUCGGGUCCUUCUUGCUGUUCAACUCAGUUCUCAACUACUUACCUGAUGCAUAUCCGAAUGUUGCAGCUUCAGUGCUUGCUGGAAACGAUCUCUUUAGAAGUGCCUUCGGCGCGGGGUUCCCAUUGUUCGCGAACGCCAUGUACACCAAAUUAGGGGUUCCCUGGGCGAGUUCCCUCCUUGGGUUCCUGUCGAUUCUAUUUAUUCCCAUUCCUAUCAUAUUGUACAAGGUCGGUCCAAAGUUGCGUCGAGAAUAUAGCAGACAUGCGCGGAAGGACAUCUAG